CGCGACAGAUGUCUCUCAAGAGCGACGCGUUUUCUCUCCGCAGGCGACCUUGUUUUUCUUCUCUUCGAUCUACAAACGCGGAAUCCUUUUCUUCCUUCGUCUUUCCUCGAUUUCUCAUCGCUCCUGUAGUCGACCACUGCCGCUGACUUGCGCUGGGUGUGGGCCUCGCGACUCGCGCGACUUUUUGCGGCCGAGACUUCUUUUCCUCCUUCGUUUUUAUUUUCUCGCGCCUUGGCUUCAAGAAAUCUAACCGCUUCGCCUCUCCUUUCGAACGGUUCUUUCCUCUGGCAGCCAAGGCGCUCGCUUUUGUCUUCUCUGCCUCCUCUGUCUUCUCUGCUUUCUCUGUGCAUGCAUAGACCUCAUCGCUGGGUGUCUCUCACGCUUGCGAAGGAGAGCUGUGUUGCCUCGUUCUUCCUCCCGCUUCUCCCUCUCUUCUCCCCAACCUGCGCCAGUCGGUUGUUUGAACUUCUUGCUCUUUCUCCGCGUCCUCUGUGCAUCGCGCUGCGCCGUCCGAGGUCUCGUCGGAGAGAACCGCCGAGACCUCAGACGAGGCUACGAAGUCGUCGUCUUCAGUCUGCGGAGGGAGUUCCUUCUUCUUCUUCGCUCUCGCGUCGGUCUGCGUCCAAUUCUUCGUCCAUGCUGCCGCCGCCUCUCCCUCAACAGUCGAACCUCGACCGCGAAAGCCGAGCCUCUCUCACCAGCUGACAAGCACAGCGACUCGUUUCCUGCGCGGUCAAAUCCGGAGAGAAAACCGGAGAGAAAAUCGCCGCGACACCCAUGGCGCCUGCCUCGUCUCGCCAGCAGCGGCGGAGCUCCGCGGCUGCGGCGAACGCCGCUCCUGGCGGGGAGUCCGGAAGGCGAGAAGUCGUCGAAGCGCCUCGGCGUACAGACAGCAGAAACGCCGAGAAGAAGCGAGCGCGCGCGCCUGCCUCGCCUCCUGCAGAUGCGGGCAGCAGCGAGCGCGAGGCGUCGAAGCCGAGAGAGCAGAGGGGAGCUAAGCGCGGACUGGCGAGCAAAGAGGAGAAGACAGAGACGAAGCGAGAUUCCGUGAAGAAGGGGAAUCUGUCGACAGCCGGCAUUUUGAACAAGAAACGCAGACAGCAGGUCGCUUUUCAGCUGCUUCAGGCGAAGAAGAAGGACCGCGCGAAGAAGAAGAAGGAGAAUCGCGCGAAAGAGCGACGCGGCGAGACAGUCGAGAAAAAGGUGCCGGCAACCAUCGAGUCCAUGCGACGCUACGACCCCACAGUUGUUGAGGAGGACGAAGAGGAGGUGGAGGGUGACGAAGCUGCAGACGAAUUCGCUGCCUACUUCAACCGCGAAGUUACGCCGAAGCUGAUGAUCACCACAAACAAACGGGUCACCGCGGACAUGUACAGCUUCCUCAAAGAGGUCCUGUACAUCUUCCCCAAUGCAUUUUUCUACAAGAGAGGGCCGUACCAAAUCAAGAACAUUUGCAAGUUCGCAGUCAAACAAGGCUUCACAGAUCUCCUCGUUUUCAAGGAAAAGAAUCACCGACCGUACGGCCUGUACAUCGUUCACCUUCCAGAUGGACCGACAUCGUAUUUUCGACUGUCGAGCGUCCGCCUCGCGCAAGAAAUGCAAGGCGCAGCCACAAUGACGACGCAUCUCCCCGAGUUGCUCCUCAACAACUUCACCACCCGCUUAGGGCGACGCGUUGCUCGACAACUGGCUGCGCUGUUUCCUCUCACUCCCGAGUUCUCAGGCCGACGAGUGGUGACCUUUCACAACCAGCGCGACUUUAUUUUCUUUCGACACCAUCGGUACAUCUUUGAGGACGGAAAGCGGACGCGCCUUCAGGAGAUUGGCCCCCGUCUGACGCUGAAGCUGCUGUGGAUGCAUGCGGGACUAUUCGACACCCGAGAAGGACUCUACGAAUUCAUAUGGCGACCGGACAUGAAGGUCGACAGAAAGAACAUGUUGAUCUGACUCGUUUCAGGUUCCUGCGUUUUUCUGCGUUUUCUCGAAGUUUUUCGUCGCGUCUUUGCAUCUUCGUCGACGUUGGCUGUCUCGUCGCUGCUCUCUCGACCCAACUGGGCUCUUCCUUUUCUCGUCUCGCGCGUCUGCCAACUGAGAGUCUCCGCUAUGCCUCCUUCGUCAAAAAACCACGGAGUUCCUGGAGGCUCUGAGAAGCUCCGAGGUCCUCGCGUCUCGGGGAGGUCUUCCCGUCUUCGAUUGCUCGCUCUUUUUCUGGAGCACAGCCUCACACAAACACAGCCGGCGGGGGCAAAUGCCGCCUUUCUCCGAGUCCACGCGAAAGACGCCCAGGAGACGCAGAAGCAGCGUUGCAUUCAACGCUGUUCGGUGAUCUCAGAAGACAGUUCUUUCUAUGAGAGUAACAGGUUUCCUUCCAGGGACCUCUCUGUCCGCAUGCGUCGAAAAUUAGUGUGUCAGCCAUGCCCCCCAGGUCUCGACAGAAGGAUGGCUCGUUGAGACCGUUGCGGGAGACGAUCAAGGAAGGUUUCCAGUAACCCUCCACUCCAGAACUCAAAGGCGAUCCUUCGAGAACGGACUCUCCCGC